UCAUUUCAUUUCAUUUACAGAAAUAGCAGUUAGAAAAUUAAGAACUUUGAAAGGGAUUUCUUACAAAUAUAAGCGACAGCAAUCAUCAUUUUUCAAACACUCCAAUUUAUAUUUAAUUCCGGUCAAAUUCUGAUGUGAAAUAAUCGCGAGGCUAUUCGUCAUACAAAAUGUCUGGAUUCCUGGACAACUGUCAAUGCCGCUGUGAAUGCAUAGAGCUGGGAGAUCGAAGAAAUGCGGUCGUCUCUAUCGUGUCAGGGAUUCUGUUCUUCAGUGGAUGGUGGAUUGUUAUAGAUGCUGCAGCAAUGUACCCAGAUGAAAAGGACUUCAACAAAGCUUUCCAUACGUGUGGCGUGUUUGCGACGCUAGCAUUUUUUUUCAUAAAUUCAGUGUCUAAUGGUCAGAUCCGGGGAGAAAGCUACACAGAUGGGUGCCUGGGACAGACAGCUGCUCGGGUGUGGCUCUUCAUCGGCUUCCUGAUGGGCUUUGGCUCCCUCAUUGCAGCCGCCUGGAUCUUGUUUGGAUUUUAUGUUGUAAACAACCCAGGAAUACCAGACUGGCCAGGGGUGGCUGUUUUUCUCCAAAAUGCUCUCAUAUUCUUCAGCUCUCUGAUCUUCAAAUUUGGAAGGACUGAAGAUUUAUGGGGAUAGAAUGUUAGCAUUGCUUAUAUAUUUGUACUUGCAAUAAGGCCAACAAACACUACUAGAUCACAGAGAACUAACUGCCAACCAUUGUCCAUGUUUGUGAGGUGUAUUAUAACAACACAAGACAGUAUGAUAAUGGUGCCUAAUAGAGCCCGCAUAGUAUAUGUGACCUUGAUUGCAAUCUAUAUAUAUUUGCCCUUUACUGAUGCUCCACUGAUAUUUAGUCUUUUUUAAAGCUGUCUACAUUAAUUACUAAAUUUUAAAAUUCAUACUCUGACAUCAAGCAAUAUUUGCUGAGAGAAUCCAUAUAAUACUAUUAUACUGGUAUGAACAAAUAUUAGAUCCUCUGUGUUGUCUAUCUUUGUCUGGCCUUAGCUGUAUGGUUACUUUUCCUUAGAAUAAAUUUGAUUCCAACAGAUUCUACAUGUACAUGCACAUGAUAUACUGUAGUACCAAAUAACAAAAUUUAAAGAGAAACCAAAUCAUAUUUUCAGAACAGAGCAAUACAUUUUAUUGGUCUGUUUAGAAUCAUAUUCACCAAUCAUUUGGUUCAAGAAAUUCACUUUGUUACUGGUCAUACAUUUUCAACACUGAACAGUCCACUCUCAUGGAUGUUAAACAGCAGAUGUGUUUGAAACAGGUCAAAUUCAGUUGUACAUAGUGUUUGAUUAAAAGUGGUUUUAUUUCUCUUAAAGAGGAGUUAUAAACAUGCAUACACAAUUGCACAUAGUUAAGAGAUGUUUUGCAAUUGUAAAAAAAAUUGAGAAGUACAUAUAAAAUGAAAUCUCUUGUAGAUUGUAGGAUGUUUGAGUAAUAUAUAUUUACUUGUAUAUAUAUAUAUACGCUGUAGGUAAACACUGUAUUUUGAUUUUAUUUUUUUCAUGAAGCACAGGUCUUUGUUAAUGAUAUUUCAUAUGAAAUGGAAACAGAACGGUAUUAUUGCUAGCAGGCUUCAUGAUUUUGUUGAUUUUAAUCCAUUACACCACGUGAUGCUUAAACUGUAAACUGAAUUUUCAGAUAGUCACUUAAUUUCAUUGUGCAAGUUAUUUUGUUAUUUUAAACCAUUAACAGUUUUUGUUUUAUACUUUGUCUAAAAAGUAAAACCCAGACAAAACUUGA